CCCAUGAUUGCAUGUAUGUCGAAAUUACCAGGCAGCACUCCCAAACAUUCUAUUUAUGAAUACGAUAUGUUUGUAAUCUGCAUAAAUUUUAGUGACUCGGUACAUGUAUAAGUUAUAACCAUGUGAUGAUCUUCAGGUGGAGUUGGAAUUUAAGUGUACCGCCUCCUGUCGUUUUUAGCUGUGCUGUGGAAAUAUGACCAACUCUGUCAUCAAUUUAUUUCUGCAAUCAUUGGACAAAGCUGUUCCCAGCGUGUGUAAAGCUGUCGAGCUGUACAGAUUGCUUUGCUUUCACAGGACACGUACAAUACUAGACAACUGCCAUACACAAUAAUUUCAAUCACACAAUGGAAAGAUGUGGAUGACCAAAAGUAGCUUUAUAUAAAAAGAAUAAGAGGCAUUUGAAAAUGGAUGACGCACCUUUCUUUAAUGAAGGGAACUGCUCAGGUUCCAUGAACUGCUCUGAAAAGAACUCUUCAUUACUGGUCUUUGGUGAGGUAUGCCAGGCUCAUCUUGUCAUGUUCUUCAUCAUGGCUAUCGCAUAUGGUGCAGUUGCUCUUCUUGCAGUCAUUGGAAACAUUGCCCUGAUUCUCAUUAUUAUGAAGCAGAAAGAGAUGCACAAUGUCACAAACAUACUCAUUGCCAACCUCUCGGUCUCUGACUUGCUUAUGUCUGUCAUGUGCCUCCCCUUUACGCUUGUGUAUACCUUCAUGGACCACUGGGUUUUUGGAGAAGUCAUGUGCAAGUUGAACAACAUGGUGCAGUGUGUUUCCGUCUCAGUUUCCAUCCUUUCACUGGUCCUAAUAGCGGUCGAACGACACCAACUCAUCAUCAACCCUCGAGGCUGGAGACCAAACAAUAUGCAUGCCUAUAUUGGGAUUGCCAUCACCUGGGUCAUGGCCAUCUGUAUAUCACUGCCUUUAAUGCUUUUCAACAUUGUGACAGAUGACCCUCUGAAGUUGUUACCACACUUUCAGGAACAGUAUAAUGGCAAGGUUGUAUGCAUUAGCAAUUGGCCUUCCGAAACGUUCAAGCUGACCUACACAACCUGUCUGCUAAUGAUACAGUAUAUAGGACCUCUUGGCUUCAUAUUCAUGUGCUACCUAAAGAUUUAUAUUCGCCUUAAAAGAAGAAAUGACAUGAUGGACAAGAUGAGGGAGAAUAAGUGCAGGUCCACAGAGACCAAAAGAAUCAACGUCAUGUUGAUUUCCAUAGUGGUGGCAUUUGCAGUGUGUUGGCUUCCUCUCAACAUCUUUAAUGCUGUGGCAGACUGGAAUCAUGAAAUCAUAAUGAACUGCAGCCACAACCCAGUCUUUCUGCUUUGUCUUUUGACAGCAAUGAUCUCCACCUGUAUAAAUCCCAUCUUUUACGGUUUCCUCAAUAGGAACUUUCAGCGGGAUUUGCAUGCAGUUCUCCACUUCUGCAAGUGCUCCUCUAAGGAAGAGGAUUAUGAGACAAUAGCCAUGUCAACCGUCCACACAGAUGUAUCCAAGACCUCUCUGAGACUGGGCAGUCCAGAAGCGUAAACAAUAAACACAAACACCAACUGUAUUUUUGAAUGUCUCCUACAUGUAAGCAAGGAAUAGAACAUGAGCUGAAAGGUUUUCUUUUGUUUUUUAAAGAGAGGUGAUCUUUACAUCAAAAAAUUUAUUUGAAUGUGUCAUGUUUAAUAAGAGCUUUUGUAAAUGUUGAUUUUGGUCCUACCUUCUCUACUAUACUCAUUCUCAAGCAGAGCAAAGCUUAUCCAGGAACCUACCUAAUUAUUAGACAAAGUCUGUGGAAUGCAUACGCUGAGUUACAAAUAUAGGAAUGCUUGCCUUUCACCUCUGUAAAGUGGUUUAGUUCAAAGUGACAUAUGUAUAUAUUUGAUUUCAAUUUAGCCCUCAGAAAAAAAAAAAUCGAGGGAGAGAGGUACAGUUCAGCCUGCAGUAUUUGGGUCACAAAUGUUAAAACUGAAUAAACAGAGAUAAAAUCUGAGUAAGUUUGCCUGGUUGCUUUUUGUACAUUUACCACUUAAUCUUAUGAUUUACCAAAGCGUAUUGUUAAAUGCAGGUAUAUCAUCGAAGAGUGUAUUUAUUCCUGAAUAUAAAUUGUCGAUUAACAAAAUAAUCAUUAAUGUCAAAGAAUAUAUUUAUUUCUGCACACACAUUUUCCAUUAACAAAAUAAUCAGUAAUGAACUUACAAUAAUGCACAAUUGAGCAAUUCAACACGGUAUUGAACAAUAUUGUGAUCCACUUAUGUAGAACAACUAACAUUCUGUUAGAUUUGUGUAUAAAACAAAUCACAAUGGUGAUUAAUCAUAUUGUACUCCAAAUACAUAGUAGUUCUGUUAAGUGCAAAUUAAGUCAUUUAGGACCUUGGUUUUUACAACAGAAAAUCACACUUUGGUUAUGACACAAAAUGUGACAAAUACAGGCACUAAAUAGAUAUAUACUUACUGCAGCAUGGUAGACUCUUGUGGCACUUGGAGUUCCACAGGACUCCUGAAGCCUUACAAUGCGCGAAAGUGAGACAUUCAGUCAUUAGCCAAAGUCACAUGGUUAUUCUUGAGAUUUACCGGUAAAUGUCCAAAAUAAAACGUUAUCAUAUUUAUUUCAGACAUUUACCAUUUUGCUUGGUAAAUGUCAAUAUUUACCAUGAAAUCUUAAAAUUUGCCAAUAUUCUGACUUUUACUGUAACAUACAUUCAUUGCAGUAGACCUUUUCUUUCUUGUUAGCGAUUGGAUUUUUUCCCAAUUGUAUUUAAAAAAGGAGUCCCCCAAACAAAAAAGUGUGAGAACCUCUGCUAUAAAUUACUUCUUGUUUUGACGGUUUUGAUGAGUUCAAGAUAACAGAUGUAACGUUAUUUAAUCAGUCCAUUUCCUGCCAGACGUUCCUGGACUGAUUAAAUUAGCCAAUUAUUUUACUGACUGAUAAACUCAAUUAUUAACUAAUGGAGAUGUAACAUAUUGGAUGUGUUAUAGUAGACUUGUUAACCCUCACAUUUAAUCAGAGCAUGCUGGGGAAUGGUAAGGGUAAAGUACACAGUCUUUACAGUUCCAAGUAAUAUUUUUUUUUCCAUAAUUGUGCUUAAUGAGAAAUGAGCCAUAUGCCACAAUAACUCUCUGUAUGGUCUUAUUUACUGAAAGAAAACAAAUGUAUAGACUGACAGUAGUAUGGUACAUUCCUAUUGUGUUUAUGUAAAUAAAUAUAUUAGCUGUAGGUAGAGCAACACAACAUAUACCUUAAGGCAAGUAAUAAUGUAGUUUACUGUAAUUGUGUUAAUUAAACAGCACUGAAGUAAAAAUAACAAACAUUUUUCACAGUGCCACAAUGUAUGUAGGAAAUAAUGGUAAAAGCUAUGAAUAUUACCAUAGCUGUGUACAUUUCUUAGAUGGGAAAUACAUGUUUAAAUGAAAAGUAAUAUUAAGAAUGUGUGUAUAUGCAUAUUCCUGUAUUCCUGUUUAUUUCAUUUUUUUACAAUACACUCACAUCUACUUCUGUGGUUUGCUUCUUGAUAGCCUGGAGCAGCCUGUGCUGACGUCAGCAUUCCCGGGUGUGCCUGACUAAAGGCUGGCUGAGAUAACAGGCAGGCUUUAUGCAGCACAGUAUUUAAAGUCACCAUAAUUCCUAUCCCACUCUAAGCUAAACCCAAGAAACCUUGAGAAAACAUCAGUAAAACCACAGUAAUGUGCUUUUGAAUAACAUACUCAUUUAAAAUGUCAACCAAUCAGUAUUUUAUUUUUAAACAAAUCCCUAUUAUACAAAAAGACUGCAGCAGCAAGAAGGGAGUUUAUUGCAAAAUAAUCUGUAAUGUGAAAUUGUGGAUGCUAUUUUAAUGAUUCAAAUGACAGCUGAUCCUAAAAUAUGUUACCCUGCUAUAUCUCAGACAUUUUCCACUGUAUUUUUUGAUGUAUUUAGUGCUGUUAAUAAAAGGGAUCAAUACAAUAAUUCACACUUAAGGGAAACACCAGCUGGAUUCAUACAGGAAAAAGGACAAUGGUAUAAAGAUCCCUUUACUGUUUAGAUCAAUAAAAUAGACCUCUUUAUUUUGCUGAAAGCAUAAAUGUCCCAGUCCAGUUUUAUUGUGCCAUGUGUUGUAACAGAGUGCAUUGUACAUAUUGUGUAUUCCUUUUGAUUGUUAAUUUAUGUUUACAACUAUUUAUAUGUUCCUGCCCCUGUAUAAUCUACUGUAACAUGGCUAAUUUUAAUGCUCCAUAUUUUUAUUUUUAAAUGAUUUUUAAACCUUCUAACGUGCUUAUACCAGUUAAUCUAACUGACCUUUAGAUUGUACUGUGUGCAUACAUUAAACAGAUUUUAUGCCAUAUGUAAAAAAAAACAUCUUAAAAGUGGUGGUAGUUUAUGUGUUACAAUAGCAAAGUGAGUGACUGAAAAGAACAUUUCCAAAGAGCCUCAUUCUUAGAAGAAAAACCCCAUGUAUAUAUUUUAGUGUUGCUAAAAGAUUAAAUGUCCUAUGAUAUAAAGUACAAGUGUACAAAAACAUAUUGUGCCUUUGUAUUACAAA